AUGGACAAAAAGAACCUUAUAGCGCGCGCUUUGAUAACAGCAAUAACCACUUGUUACGUAAAACGGUUUCAGCUCAAACAACCUGGCUUGCUUUCACUAAAGUUUGAAGAUAAAACUUUCAACAUGGAGGUAAGACAGCACAAUAUUUAGUGUUUCAAUGUGUUUUGCUAGAUGUUUUAUUAUUUUGAUAAACUAUUCAUUCAAAUUCGCUUAAACUUUAUCUUUAAGGUGAAAUAUCUAAUUUAGAUGGUAGCUGUCGACCUACGUAUAAAUUAUGCUUUUUACAAUCAAAUAAAAAUUUACAUGCACUUAACAGCCAUCCUUACAUUUUAAGCUAACAGAGUUUCAUUUCCUGGCUUUUUAAUUUAUUCUGAAGUGAAUUUCACUUUUCAGAAUAAAUUAAAACGCUUGUUUUAAUCCAACAGCUAACGGGGUCUUUCUUCAUAUUUUACCUAGCUUACGGAAAAAGUUAAAAACGUUUUCGGUCGACAACUCACCAAGGUAGCUCGACGAAAUACCAACAAGCAAGCAAACUUUGACCAUUGCUAUGAUAUUAAUUCAUGUAUAUAGUCAUUAAAAGCGUAUUGACGUCAAUAUUCUUAUUUAAGGAAAUAUCGUUCAAGCGCUGGCUGAACUGCCAAGGAUACUUACGUGAAGCACUUCGAAAGCAAAGUUGGAUUUCGAAUUUAUUCUUACGGUUAACUGCGACCAACUUAGAAAUCAAAAACGUAUUUAGCCUUGAUGUAAGACAUCUCUUACCGGCUUAUUUUCCCGAGCCUUAAAAGCGUCAUCCAUUAAUAGAGUUGAAAUAGGAAUAGAAAAGAAAAGGAUUUACUGUAAAAUUUAAGCUAUGUUCACACUACAUUGGAUAGAGUUUCCUGCCGAUACGAAAAGCAACAUAAUCGUAUAAUGUGAACAUCUAUCAUCCGUUCACCUAUCAGAUAUGUGACUGUCCCUUUUAGAGAUCAGCACGGCGCAGCUUAAAUUCUUUCCGUUACAGGAAUAGCGCCGAAAUCACUGUUUUUAAGUGCGAACAGAAGCCCGGCUGGCGCAAAUGGAGAGCUAUCCGGUAUACAGACGAACUGUGAACAUAGCUUUAGUUUUAAAAUGCGGUUUCUCUAUCUAAUACCUUCUCUUCAACGCAAAACAUUACGUUCGUUUAAAUGACUUUCAUAAAAACGCGGCCAACAUUGUCUCUUGGUAGGGAAGUAAGCAAAAGGGUUUUAGAAAAACAUCCCAAAUUUAAAAUUAUGUUAGAAAGGCUUUUGUGGCUUUGCGACUAUCUACCCUCGGGCAGCUUUGCAGGUACUUUCGGCAAACCAAAAGACAACAUCGAAUCAGCCUGGUAAAGUGGACGAAUGCUAAAAAUGAAUAUUUUAACCUAUACUGUAAAUUGAGGGCACUGUAUUUGCGCGCGCGUUUUUGAACUUUUCCUUCGAGUUACCGAUAUUAAUGCGCGCGUUCAAAGUUUUUAUGUGACUGCUUCAACGUUGCCCUGUUUAUUGCCUUACUGCCGUCAAUUGAUCAACAUUUCGCUCCAGCGGUUAGUUUGCUAUCAUCAAGAUUCAGCCUAUUAUUUUUUCUUGUACAGUCAGGAGGAACUGUGUCUUCAAACGAAGUUGACAGGAAGUCGUUGGAAUAUCCCCCGCCUUUUGAAGACGAAGAAAGGCGAAAAGAGUUUGUUGGUAACGUUCGGCUGCGAUGCGAGAAAAUCUUAAAACAAGUGCGUCUAUUUAAGGAAACAUGUGAAGUUACAAAAGUGACUGAAGAUUUCGCGGAUUCAAGUGGAAGUGAUUCAACUAAGGCAAGUACUAUUGAAGAAGAAAGUGAAGAAAAACUUUCCAUGGGCUCAUUGACUACGGAUCAGUUGUCGCAAAAGCUUAAGCAGCACAUAGAACGGAUCAGUGAGCUACUCCAAGUUCAUGAUAUGCCAGACGUAAGUUCCAUAAAACGCUUUAUUGAUAUAAACCGUCAUUUUUACAUGUUUAAUUUUCUCUUCCUUUUUAAUGCGUUUUGUACAUGUUGUUUUCUUUCUUCGACUUAAAAACUACAACUCAUGAACCUUUGAACGCACCAAACAAGCUGCAACCAUGGCCACAGCUAUUAAUAAUAUAUUAACAUCAUCAUCACUCGAAAGGCCAAUGUACGCUAAUCGUUUCGAUUCUGCAGGCUCUGAAGUAUUGAAUUAUAUGUCUUUUGAGUCUAAAUUUAUGGCAUGAAAAUUAUUGCCGUGCCUUGAGUUUGUGUUACAUCAGUUCUAGGACCGACACGUGAUGCAACAAAACGCGCUUUUUUUCCUUUUAACUUUGUUUUAUAUGAACUAAAUUUUAUGCCUAGUUUUAAAUUCUCUAUAUUUCUCAUAAUCAUUUGAAGACCUACUUGCCUAUUUUUGCCCACUUAAAAGUUCUGAAUAUUGAAUAACUGUACAAAAAAUGGGGUUCAAAAUAUAAUUUUUCAUUUAAAUUGCACAGAAAUCGUUUUCUUUUCCGUCUGGGACCAAUAGGGACAACUUAUGCCAUUUACCAAUCCUUAUAAACUGAAGUGUAAGAUCAUCAAGGCCGCAAAUGUUUAAAUGUAUUGAUGUUUUUUUUGUUUUGUUUCUUUGUUUGUUUUUUUGUAACAGCCUGAAAUGCUAAACGUAAAGCAAGAGGAGGUCAUAGGUUGUGAUGCUGCUCAAAACGUUGUCGAGGUCAAAGGCAUGCCAAAAGUUAUGGAAUUAAAAGAUCUCGGAAAAAACUCAGGCCCGAGUUCUUCGAAUGUGGCGGAGGUGGGGUCGAGUGUUUAUAAAGGCAAUGACGAGUUUGCUACUUGCAGGAAUGCAGAAGAGCAAGCUGCAAAGUUAUCAUUAAUAGGAGAAGAACUUUGUGAUGGAAAGAAACUUGCUCUCAAUCACAACUGUAUGAAUAAAAACACCGAAGACGAGAGCAAAUAUUUCAUGAAUGAACACGCGGAAGGUAGCGUUGACGCCAAAAACGAAGAGUCAAGCGAUGUUGAUCUCUCUACAAACUCUAAAGAAAUAAAUGAAACAAGCAAAGUUAUAAUCGAGGCGCUGUACUGGAGAAGGAAAACAGUUGCUGAAGAUGCGGCGAGGCUUCUAGCUGAAGCAAAUCCAACUAAAAUUGAAACGCCUGGAGAAGAAAGCCAUGCCACUGAACUUCUGAAGAGAAAGUUUGUAGACUCACCAGAUGAUAACAAGUUUAACAAACGGAUGGCUUAUGAAACCAGGGCCAAGGAAAUCGUCCAGGACGUGUUUAAUCGCAUUGGAUGCUACGAGAACUUUGUCAGGCGGGCGGACUGGGCCGAUGAGACGACCACUGCUUCAGGGGAUCUGGGAACUACUCUUGUGGAUGAUACUUACGAGGAGGUAUGGCACCUUAUCAAUAGAACGUUACUUUAAAGCUCAAGUCGUACGUCCAGGAACGAGGUGCUAAUCUGCGCUAAGGUUAUCCCCAAAUUGGAGGAAGACGGUUUCGAGAAUGAACACGAAAUACCCCCAUAAAAAGGCAGCAGCACUGACCUUAAGGAUUGUCUUGUUGCCCCUUUGUAGACUUAACAAUUAUUCCACGAGUGCGCGUUGCACAUGAGAUAGUAGGGAGUCAACGAGGCGCGUGGCGCCGAGUUGGCUAUAAUCAUCUCAUAUAUAUUCAACAGGCGCGAGUGGAAUAAUUGUUUUAUUAAAAACGCCAACAAAAUCUCGAGAAUUCUUCUCGACGUUAUUUGUAAAAACAGCCGAUUUUCAGCUCGGCCCUGAUAAUCAGCGUAGUUGCCUAUGAACCUAAUAAUAUUGGCUUAAAAAGGUACCCAUCUUAAGAAAACAAGAGGAAAAUAACUACAGACUGUAAACAUAAAGUGUGCGCUACAAUUACACCUUUCAAGGCUUUGCUCUUUCUUUUGCUUUAUUAAGGAUGAAAGGAAGCAGGACGACAAGCAUUUGCCAACCUUAAAGGUCACGUGUGAUGGGACAAACCAAGGUGAUGGAAGAGUGUCAACUUCAAAGGUGACAUCUGAUGAUGAUGGGCAAGAUGAAAGACAUGUAUCAGUUCCGGAAGUGACGAGUGUUAUCGCAAAGGAAGAUGAUGGACAGAUGUCAGCUUCGUGGGUCACAGGCACAGACGUCGAUGACUUAGACCCACAAUUGACACCUGAUCCUGCAAAACAAAAUUGUAUACAACAGCCAUCGCUCGGAAUCACGUGCACGGACAAUGGCGACGUAGUCUCUGCUACCGCCAGCACCGCUCGACUAAUCACAAUAAGCACCGGAGAAGCAACAUCACGUGAUAUCGAAGAUGAGUCAAUGAAAAGACUUUCACAAAAGAGUGGUCGCAAAAGAUGGGCUGAGUUGAAAAAGAGACGACGUUCAUAUUUAGUUGGAAACAAAAUGAGUAUCGGGAAUGUUGUCGGGAAAGGUUUCAUCUCGAAACAGUCUACGGAAGGUACCAAUUGUAGAAUAUUUAACAAGCAUUUAAACAGCUACUUUAAACUGUAAUGCUUAAAACUUUUGUUUAUUCUUUGCAAAUAAGUGUAGCAGGCACCCUUCUCGACAGCUAAAGUUUCUCCACAAACCAAAAUGAAAUGGUCAAAUAAUAGUUACAGUUUGUCAACGAAACGGCAUACUGCAUGUGGGCUUUGCUGUUCGCCAGAGGCUGUGUUAUUAGCUGGUAAAACAUUGGAAGUAGAUAACAGGGGUAUUUACUAAUUUGUUUAUUCACCACAGUGACUGGAUAUAAGUGACAGAUAGUAUAGCAUAGUAAAAACAGGUAAUCUAACAGCUCUUUAGUAACGGACACUUCUAAAGAAGGACAUCUGGACCCGGUUGUUCAAAAGAUGGAUAGCGUUAUCCACCCGAUAAAUCGCUAUCCGGUGAACACGUAUUAAGAAAACCAAUUGUAUUAUCCGAUGGGUAAUGCUUUAUCCGGCGGAUAGCGCUAUUCACCUUUUGAACAACUGGAGCCUGACUUAUAGUUAAACACACUCAUUCUUCCGUCAGUUUUCUCAGUUACUCUCUUUAAUGACAAUGAGAUGGACACCUCUAUGAUUUCUGGAGACGGACGGACACUUAGGGCGGGACUGCCAACGGUCUUCGUUUUACUUGGGGCGUUUUCUAAUAGUCAGAACUGGCCGGCCGGAUCAUGGCCGGACCAGACAUUUUGGCAAUGAAAUAGGCUUUUUGCAAUAGGUUUGCUGAAAAACCAUCUUCUUUGUGCAUAAUAUUUAGGAUUUGUCUGGUUUGAAUAAAGGUGAAAUUCUCAUUACUAUGGGUAUGGGCUUGCUGGUCGGUUCUUAUAAAUCAGGAAAUCGCAGUUAUAAGAGCUGACUGUAUACAAAUUAAUGAGGCCCUGUUAGGGUGGAAUUCCGACAAGAGACAUGGCCAUGAAACAGCGACAUAGGAAAACAGAAAUGGCGGCAAACGACCCACAAAUACGAAUUGAAACUACAAAACUAGCGACAAGGAAGAGCGCAAAUAUAGUAGUAAAAUACCGGCAGGGACUUGGCUUCCUCCUCAAAACGCGAAGACUAGGGACAUACGGACCCCUCCCCUCCCCCUUUCCCUAAGAGGGCGUCAUUAAUGCAGUUUAACACAUUUGUUAACACUCAAUAUCAAGCGCUGGAGGCAUGGAGUACGAGCAUUGUUAUCGCAUUGUACCACAGUAUCGAGUUUUACAGUAUUUGUUUUGUCCCGACAAGGCUCAUCCUUGGACCAGUAUGAGAUAUCUAGGCCGGUCUUGGCACAAGGCAAUGCUGCAAUUAGUUAAUUUCUUUAUAUUUAGAUAAUUGUUCAGAAGAAGCUAGACUCAUUAUGGACGAGGAGAAGCUAGUUUCCUUGAAAGAAUUCAUUGCACUUGGAGGUACGCGUUAAAACAGCAAAGAAAUGAGUUAACAUAUGCUAUGCUGUCCACAUUGAUCUGGUCAAAUUUGAAAACGUUCACUAAGGAACAGAGCCUAAGAACAGACCCCCCCUGGGGGGGGGUCUGUACAUAGGCUAUAAGGAACAUGGCUUUACUAUACCGUCCACACGGGACUUUACAAUAUGAGCAAUUUUUUGCCCCCUUAUUUGUUCCAGAGCUAUGGUCUAUGAGAGUGUAGACCGUACAAAAUUAUUGUCUUUUUGCUAAACGAUCGUAAUUUUCCGUGAUGAUUAAAUUGUGAGCCGAAGUCAUGUAAAAGCUAGCUUUUAUGCUUUCAUCUUAAAACGGACGAUUAAUAUCAGAACAAAAUGACCAUGAAAACCCUUGUAACUCUUGAUCGGAAAUUCAGACGAAUAUCUUGUUUCAUUACCCGCCCGAUUGUCCUUCACCAAAACUUCGAAAUUCCCGGGAAUGAAGUAUGUCAUUCUGCGUGUGCUCGAACUUUGAAAGAGGUAAUUCCACACAGGAACAAAGCUAUAAUAGCAUAGUACUCGGCUUGUAAAACAACGUUUUGAAAGUUUCGUUCCUUUCUGACCAGAUCGAUAGUGACAAGAAAAUGGCUCAACUCGCCUCAGAAGGCCUUUCUUUUGGCUUAAAGAAUAAUUUUUUGGAAUGUUCUCUUUUGAUGUAUUUAAUUUUAGACACCAAAACUACAGGUGGAGAUGAUGUCGUGGUAUUAAAUCCUUCCAAGAUUCCGAGUAAAAGAGAGUUUGCUGGAAAGAAAGAGUACAACGAGGUCAUGGAUUCUUUACUAUGGUAGGUUCGCUAAUAGCCCUUAAACAUUAGGCUGAUUUAGCAACAGAACGAAAACGUCAAUUGAAGACGGGAAAGCGCGCAGAAAGGACUAAACGAGACUUCUGGUGCUCAAUUUGCUGCUCUGCCAUUGGUCAAACCAGUUGUUUGAUUUGCGCGCGCCGUCGUCAACUGACCCUGUUCCCGUCCAACAAUAGUGGAAAUGCCAAGAACUUACUCCCCAAACGAAGCUCGGUGAUGAAACAAGCAAGUCUGAAGUCAUCAUGCGUAUGAGCUAUUCUUUAUGAAUUGCACUGGAACAAUCUUAACUAAGUCUCCUGCUCGAUCUACUUUUGAUAUAGGAAGGAUCGAUAGUCCACGAGCACACUUAGUUUCCUGCCCAACUGUUCUAAAAACUUCUGUGUAAACGUCACAUGUAUUAGUAUUGAAACUCACCCACAAAGUUCUGCCUCGUACCCAGCCCUGUCUUACUCUACAGAACCUCCCAUAACGGCCACCUCUCUGCAACGGCCGCUUUUUUUGGCGGACAGUCCAUACAUCGACUUCUUUUAAACCACUCUAAAACAGCCACCUCUCUACAAAGGCCACUUUCUUCUGUCCCCGAGGUUAAGGGGGCCAUAUUGGAGAAAUUCAACUGUAUGUAAGGGUAGGCGUCAACAAAAAAUUUCGCGGCGGUAAGCGUUCGCUCACCGUCCUGUCUGUCCCACCCUUGUCAUUCUACUCGUCCCGAGCGUUCUCAAUAAACACCUGUGGAGGAUCCUUCGCAAGGUUAAUUUUACAUCCAAAUAUUUAUUUCAGGCAUGCUCAAAAAUUUACAGACGAGAGGGUGGAAAGUGGCAGUUUUGUCCUCACGGUUCACGCUGGUAAACAGAGAAGAAGUCGACUUCGUUCUCGCAAAUGGGCGAUGGAAUUUUAUAAGUUUUUAAAACAAAGGUAACAACAAUUUUAAGCAAGUUUAUUUUUGGCUUCCAUGAUUCGCCUUGAUUAUAUUACUUAGUUUAAGUUUGAAAGAGGUUAUUGUGUCUGCAGUUUCAAUCACUCUUCUUGUAAACCAGAGAUUUUGAAACAGUAUAUGUUGUAUGUAUGCGGCAUUACCGGGCCUAAUGAAGAGUUGCUGUGAGAGCCUUGUCAGUUUUUGUAACUUAAUAAUAAGGACGCUUGUCUAGGUGGAGGAAUGGCAACGGUGAACAACAGUGAACAAUAUAACAUCUAUACGCGACUAGCCAGCUAAUUAGUAUAGGUAAUAGCAUAAUUUGUAGUGAUGUUAGGCAUAAAUACCACAAGCGAUAUUUUAAAAUUGUUACAUGUAAUCCGGGAGGGGGGUACUCCCAUACAUUACCUAUACGGGUAUGUGCCGCCCAACGGGGUCGUGAUUUUGAAGCUACUGAUUUAGAACGGGGCAUCCAUUUCAGAGGCGUUUUCUAGAACGGGGUAUAAUAUUUCGAACGAACGAAAGCUCCAGUUUUGUAAGCAGCCAUUUGAAAUUAUUCAAGGACAGAUUGCUUUUAAAAAUACGGUUCAUGCGUUAACAAGCAAACUGUUGUACUCUUUGCACCUUAGAACGGAGUAUAAAAAAUUGGCCUAUUUCUAGAACGGGGUAUCAGUUUUAGGGCGAAUUCUAGAACGGGGUAUCAAUUCUAGGGAAUUUUUUUUUAGAACGGGGUGCCAAUUUGGAGUCCCGGGCGGCACAUACGACCAAAAAAAUACCCAAGUGCCCCCUUCCCCACCCCGGCAUGUAAUUUCACGAGCCAUUAGUAUAGGCGAGUGAAAUUUGAGACAACUUUGAAAUAUCACGAGUGGUAUUCAUGCCAAAUACCACGUACAAAUCAUGCUAUUAUUUGUUUAUACUACUACCUGCAAAAGGUUUGUAAUAUUCACAUGUAGGUAUUUCAAAUUACGCUGAAAUACCACUGCACUAAGCCAAUCAAAUUGCAGUAAUUUCUCAUGUAGUAGUAUAAACCGAGUUAUAUAUCAACCCGCCGAGUUUUCAAACCUCUAAAUGUAGUUUGAAUCCAUUCUCUUUCGUCUUGUUCUCGAAAUUCGUAUUUUGAAGGUAUCGAGACAGAUUAACCCGCUGUGUGCUUUUAAAGCCUUCUCUCAAACUUAGAGCAUUGGUGGUUUUAUCACGACCCUUUCUUUCGUAA